AUGGCUCAGCUCGUCUCUGACUUCAUAAUCACGCCCGUUCUCCGACAAGCCCGCCGCUUCUCGUCCGGGUUUACUGCCAAUGAGACGCCCGCCAUUCAAGGCCCCGCGCUGCAUCGUCAGAGAACGAGAUCAAGCGGCGACUCGAGCGCGGCCGGAAACCCGAUUUUAGAAGGGGCCGAGUCUGUAAGCUCGCCGACCGGAGACUCAGUAUUGGCUUUGUCGGACACCCCCGAGACGUCAAAUCGCACCUAUCCUUCGCGAGGCUUGGCUGCUGCAGGUACCGAUUCUUCGAUACCAAGUCCGGCUGGACCGUCAAUCUCAGCCGAGCCCAACACUGGGUUGAACGCGCAACCGGGCGCCCUCACCACAGAUACAGCCACGGAUGCGGGCGCUCCACCGACAUGGUCUCUCCCAGAGGGCAGUCGGAGCAGUCCGCUCCCGGAGGACGACGGCAUGGGCGAUCUUCGGCGGAGGAUACAAGCCAUCCAGUUGCUGGAUCUCACCCAGGAGACCAAGGCGCAGAUGAUGCAUGGCCUGUUGACGGAAAAGUACACCGGUUCGCGACGGUCGCCCAAUAUCAUCACGCAGGCCACUUUGAGACCGGUCUCGCCGGUAAGCACAACCGCCCUCAACACUGCAGAGCCCCCAGAGCCUAUCGGACCCUUGCAAGUCCUGAAAAAAUGGAACCCGCUCGGUGACGGACUUGGCCGGCUGAAUUUGCCUCUGACUGAGGAGGAUCUCCGGCCUACCUACGUGCCGAGGAGACGGUCAGAUGACAGGGAAUGGUGGUCGGUCGAGGAGGAGCCCGAGGAAGAGGAGCAGCGGCUCGGGUGCGAGCACUACCGCCGAAAUGUCAAGUUGCAGUGCGCCUCGUGCGAGCGGUGGUACACCUGCCGCCACUGUCACGACGCCGUCGAGGAUCAUGUCCUUCCCCGCCGGCGAACCAAGCACAUGCUCUGCAUGCUGUGCGGGUGUGCACAGAAGGCUUCGGAUACUUGCACCAAGUGCGGCCAGUCGGCGGCUUACUACUUCUGUGGUAUCUGCAAGCUCUGGAACGACGACCCGAACAAGCCCAUCUACCACUGUUUCGACUGCGGCCUGUGCAGAAUCGGACAGGGCUUGGGAAAGGACUUCUUCCACUGCAAGAAAUGCAUGGCCUGCAUCUCCAUGUCCGACAUGAACAAUCACAAGUGCAUCGAGCGCGCCGUCGACUCGGACUGCCCCAUCUGCAACGAGUACCUGUUCAACUCGCCCAAGUCGGUCAUGUUCAUGCAGUGCGGCCACAGCAUCCACCUAGCAUGCUUCGAAGAGCUCAAGAAGACGUCGUACCGCUGUCCGCUGUGCAACAAGUCGUGCGUCAACAUGGAGUACCACUUCCGCCAGCUCGACAUGCACAUUUUGCAGCAGCCCAUGCCGCCCGACUACGCCGACGCGCGCGCCGUCAUCUCAUGCAACGACUGCUGCGCAAAGAGCCAAACGGCCUUCCACUGGCUCGGGCUCAAGUGCGCCGUGUGCCGGUCUUACAAUACCGUGCAGCUGCAGCUGCUCAACAUGCCGGGCGAGCAGCAACAGCAGAACUCACAACAGAUACCCCAACAAGGAGAACAGCAACCGGUAGCCCUCGACCCGGCCCUGCUGACGGAAGAGAUCCGCCGCCGGAACAGGGCCGCACGCCGCGAGGAGGCGCGGCAGCGCCGGGAUAGCAACAACAAUAACAACCACACCAACAACAAUUUUCAAGGCUUCGCCCUUCUGUCUACCUCCCCGUCGUCGUACUCGCCUGCCUUCCUGCUCCGGUUACUCAAUUGCUCUACGCCCUCGGAGUCGGACCAGGCUGGACCGUCAUCAACCCCGUCUUCCUCCGACGUCAAGAAACCACGUACUGCAUCCUCUCUGGGACGGCAACCGUUUACUGUUACAUCAACAAUACAAGCCGAAACAGCCUGUGACUCAGCUGCCGAUGACGGCGGUGACGAUGACGAAGAUGAUGACGAAGAAGAGAAUGACGAUAUGCUCGACCUCUUUGGCGCGCGAGACAGGGAUUUUGAUAUCAUGACUGGCCUUACCUCGGCCGAGAGUGCGGUGGAGUUUGAUGAUGAUCAGGAUGAUGAAGAUGAAGAGGAGAGUUCGGAGGAUGAUAGGGAUGUCGAAGGAGGGGAGGAGGAGGAGGAGGAAGAAGAAGAAGAAGAAGAGGAUGAGAAUGAUAUCCUGCUGUUUGGCCAUAGAUAG